UGUCCUCUCUGUGGGGCACCACCCCAAGCCUCGAGACUCCCUUCCCCCCUCUCCCGACAAAAUUUCCCACCGCUCAACAGUCGUGCGAACAAGCAUGGUUUAUAUCGGAGACAAAAAAUACGCUUGUGAAACCUGUAUCAAAGGACACAGGUCGUCGUCAUGCAGACACACCGACAGGCCAUUAUACGAGAUCAAAAAGAAAGGCCGCCCCAUCACGCAAUGCGAGCACUGCAGGCAGCUGCGCAAGACUAAACAGCUCCACGUCAAGUGUACAUGCUCGCAUCGCCAGGAGGCCUCUGCCGGUCCGUCCAGCCAAGGUGGUGUGAAGGUUUCAGCCGAGCCCGCGUUUCCCGAUGGCCUUCCAAAGGCAUUGGAAGCGUCGGCGGUGCUGCAUGCCAUGAGUGACGGCUCAGACUCUGAAUACGAUGGUGCGUUCUGCCACUGACAGUGUUGCUUUGUCCUCACUGUCGUUCAGGCCCGCGGUCUCCGGCAUUGAGUGCGCGCGGGGAACGCGCAUCUGGUCGCCGUGUUAGCGCAGAGCUUGCAAGGGCUCCCACAGGCCCACAGAUGUCGCAGCCUGGCGCCCUUGUCGCCGACGCGCACACGGGCAGACACCGCGCCCUCCUUCCGAGGGCGCCUCAACCCCAAUCGCCGUCAGUUGACCGCACACAAAGCAGU